CAUUAUGCAUAGAUUUUGUAUCCUUAAUAGGUUGAAAUCACUUUAAAUAUCUUGUUGACAUACCCCUAAAAACUCAAGGAUCAUUCUGUUUACUUGGCGCGAAGGUCAAAGGUUGUAAGCAUGGCGGACUCCGUCAAAAAACACCGAGGGUUGAAGAGAAGAGUAGGAAUAGUUGGCUUUGGGCACUUGGGUGCAUACUUAGUUCAGGAAAUAUUAAAGAGGGACGAUGUGGAGCUGGCCUUUGUUUGGAACCGCUCCGUGGAGAACGUUCAAGGCCAGGUGGAGGACAAGUUCAUCCUGUCAGACCUGGAUAAGUUUGCUGAAAGGAAUCCAGACCUCAUUGUUGAAGUGGCCCAUCCUUCUAUCACAGAAAAGUAUGGUGAAGCUUUCUUAGAUCAGGCAGACUAUAUGGUUGGGUCUCCCACAGCACUGGCCAAUCAGAAAGUAGAGACCAAACUCCGUGAGAAGGCGAGCACAUGUGGACAUGCCCUGUACGUGCCAGCUGGUGCAUUCUGGGGAGCACAGGACAUCAAGAAGAUGGCAGACAGAGGGUCUUUAAAGGGCCUCAAAGUCACAAUGAGGAAACACCCGUCCAGUUUCAAGCUGAAUGGCAGUCUGAAAGAAAAGAAUGACAACAUCGGGGCAGAUGCAGUAGUACUUUAUGAUGGACCAGUCCGUGACCUCUGCCCCCUGGCUCCUAACAAUGUCAACACCAUGGCAGCAGCAGCUGUUGCUGCCCACAACCUGGGCUUUGAUGUGGUCAGGGGUUGCCUGGUGUCUGACCCAAGUCUGACUGAUUUCCAUGUUGUGGAGGUUGACGUGACAGGACCAGGCGACGCAGCCCAGGGAAAAGCCUUCACGGUGAAAACCGUUCGCACGAACCCCGCUCAAGUCGGAGCCGUCACGGGAACGGCAACGUACGCAUCAUUCCUAAGCAGCAUGCUAGGUGCCAGAGGUAAUGAUGGUGGUGUACAUCUCUGUUGAUAUCAAGUCAUUAAGUCAUACACAUGUUGCACUCGGGAUCUAGAUGUGAAUCAACAUGUACUGGUGUUGAAUGUAGCGAUGACAAAAUGAUUUAAAGUGGAAAUAAUGGGUUUUUGCAAAAUCUUCGGCUCUGUAAAAUCUUAGAGUUAGAUAUACUUAUUCAAGAGUUUUAACGUUUUGUCUUCUUACAAUUAUGUAAUAGAAAAAAAUUCAGGUUAGAAAUAAAAAAUAGGUAAGUAAUCUAAUUAAAAGUCUUAUAAUCAUUUUCGUCUCUUUAAUAGUUGUAUUAUGUGUUCUUGCAAUAAAGUAUAGAAUCACACAGCAUUGAUGAAGAGUACAGUUGACAGGUCAAGAGGAUGGUUUCCAGCUGUAUGCAUGCUGUUACAUUGGGGUCAUGCAGCCAUUUUCCCCAUGUUGUUAUGAUGUGGUUGUUAUUGUUGUGGUAAGUUUGAACUCUGCCCUUUAACCCUUGGGAAGAAGACUUGUUUUGCUUGGUUCUGUUUACCCCUGGGGGUAAAAAACCAGCCAAUUAUUCACAGACAGUUUAGUGAUGAUUCAUGCUGACGCCACAACCUGGAUGUGUCAGCACCUCUCCAUCCUGUUCAACAGGUGUCUGGGCUGUGUAAGGGGGGACACCACAAAUUUGGCUGGGGUUUUCAAAUACAUCUCACCAACAUAAUUAUAUUUUGACAUGCAUAUUUUAUUGGCUCAGAUGAUACCUUACAGCUAAUAUAAAAUUAUAUAUCUUCAGACAAUUCUAUCUUACUGCCUAUUUAUGCACAAUUCCCCAUGCUACCCUCCCAUUUGCUACAAUGGUAAAGCCUCAUGCAUAUUCAUGACAAGACAACAAAUCUGUGAAUAUACUUCAUCUGUCACAAAUUCGUUCAACAAUGACUAAGUUUGGUAUUGGCAUACUCAUUGCUCUUGCUGGUGGAGCUAUCGGCCUUAUUGUGUGGCUCGUAGCUUAGUCAAACAUUUGAAUUCGCUUUUAGCACAGAUAAGCCGCUGCAGCAAGUAUGAGCAUUGGCAACCAGGUUGUGAGCUUUUUCGCUGUUUGUGCUGGGCUUAUGUUCGGCCUCUUCCUGGUCACGGUGGGCAUGGUAUAGACAGGGCAGCUGCAUGCCACGGUAGGAGCUUGCAGGAAGGAUGGACGGUAGCUACAGACAGCAGGCCUGGGCUAUGGACACCAAACACCAAGUCAUCACAUCCUCGGCGUCUUCACAGCGACACCUAUUGACUUCUGACGGAGCUGCUGUGAUGGACGCUGACGUCAGAGCUGUUUGUUGGACAUCGCCAACGUCGUUGAUCCGUAGACACCUGCCACCAGUUCUGCCAACCUACCGGCUGUUGCUCUCCUGUUUAUAGCCAUCCCACUGUCGUUAUACUUACGCUGCUGACUAUUAUUACUGAUACUAUGUGAUAGUCAUCUUCUCUACACUAACAAACGCGGACGGGACAUAUGCUGCUUCUGCAAGAAUUACAUUUUGUAUCCAUUAAAGAUUCCUCGUCACUACCAAAGCUGAAGACUAUAUUGAUGUCAUGAUGACAUAAAACUCACUUUGGUUUUAAGUCACGUUGAUGUCAUCAGUCUUUGAGCUUUAUAGUAGUCAGACUGUACCGUAAUGAUGACGUAAACUUAACCAUGAGAUUUCGUCAUGAUAUCGUAAUGGUCGGCUGCACUCCACCAGUACUUUGCAUUGAAUGAUAGCCGCUCGUUUGUGCCCAGAUUUCUUACAGACGUCACGUCACUGUGACAUAAUGUAUGUUAACCUGACAUUGUGUCUAAUGUAAUCGUUCAGUCUUUAUGAAGUCUCGGGCCUGAUGGAGACGUAUUGUAGACUGACUCUAUAGUCGUAUUCACAUCGUGUAAGCUACAUGAUUCUAGGCAAAGUUUUCCGGUCUUCUGUUUCCUUUGGUUCAAAUAAAUCAAACUAACACGCUUGAAAA